AUGAGUGGCAAAAUGGACAUUGGCACCAGGAGUGUGGGUCAGAAUCGUGCUCCUUGGAACUACAUCAUCGCUUGUACAGUGUACCCCCCAGGCACCAAGAGACCAGGCCGAGACCCUUCAGUGGCCCUGGGCCUCUGGGCUGUGACCGUCUAUGACAAGCCGGCAUCUUUCUUUAAAGAGGCACCUCUGGACCUGCAGCACCGGCUCUUCAUGAAGCUGGGCAGCAUGCACUCUCCGUUUAGGGCCCGCUCAGAACCUGAGGACCCAGACACAGAGCGGUCGGCCUUCAUGGAGCGGGAUGCUGGGAGCGGGCUGGUGACGCGUCUCCACGAGCGGCCAGCCCUGCUGGUCAGCAGCACAAGCUGGACAGAGUUUGAACAACUGACUCUUGAUGGACAGAACCUUCCUUCUCUCGUCUGUGUGAUAACAGGCAAAGGGCCUCUGAGGGAGUAUUACAGCCGCCUCAUCCACCAGAAGCAUUUCCAGCACAUCCAGGUCUGCAUCCCCUGCCUGGAGGGCCGAGGACUACCCCCGCUUCUAGGGUCAGUGGACCUGGGUGUCUGUCUGGACACGUCCUCCAGUGGCCUGGACCUGCCCAUGAAGGUGGUGGACAUGUUCAGGUGCUGUUUGCCUGCGUGUGCCGUGAACUUCAAGUGUGUACAUGAGCUGGUGAAACAUGAAGAAAACGGCCUGGUCUUUGAGGACUCAGAGGAACUGGCAGCUCAGCUGCAGGUAGCCAUGUCUGCCACCACGCCAGGGUGGGCAGGGUUCUGGAGACUCCGCCGAGCCACGCUCCCUGAUCCCUGCUUCACACAGCCAGGAUGGGUGGGACUGUGUUGGCCAGAGGACGAGAGGAGGGUGCUCACAGGAGAACGUACAGCAUGUAGAGGCCGGAAGGUGCUCCAGGGCACCAAGUGUGGGAAAGUGGGACAUACGGGGAAGUUUCCAGAAAGCAUGAUAUCAACCAAGCUAAACCAGUUCCGGAAGAACCUGCGGGAGUCGCAGCAGCUCUGA